AUGAUAAACAACUUUACUGCGUCAAGGUCACCUUGCCGAGCCAUGCCAGGAAAUUUGUCCUGUUCUGGGCCACAAAUACCGCCACCCGAGGAUGUUACCUCGCUUCUCUCUUUGCAAGAAAUCCUUCACCCGAUUUUCACAGUAGUGGAGUUCAGCGUACUCUGUUUCGCUUUCGUAGGCAAUCUUUUGAUUGUGUUAACGAUCCUUUCGAACAAGAAAAUGCAUAGUCUGGUACAUAUGUUUCUCCUUAACGUGGCCAUCGCAGAUUUUUUAUUUUCUGUACUGAACAUUGCCGGACAUGCCCGAGAACAUCUAUUGCCUGAAAAGGCUCUUAAAGAAACAUUUUGCAUAUCUUACAGACCUAUAAUGGCGGUACGCUUCGUCGCCUACGCUGUAUCAAUGUUUUGUCUUACAGCGUUAAGCGUUGAACGCUGCUACAUGAUAUGCUCGCCACUAAGAGCGCAAUUUGCAAGUACUGCUGUUGUGAAGAAGCUCAAAGUUUCUGUCAUGCUGUUGAUUUGGAUCAUGGCUCUUGCAAUAUCUGGUCCGUUAGGCCUGUGUCAAGUAACAGUCACCAAGACCUUUGCUAUCUUCCUCGCACUCGCCAUGCACGUGGUUCCUUUGGUGAUCAUUACUUUAGUGAAUGUUAAGAUGAUUGUUGCACUGAAACGUAACGCUAUCAGCGAGAUAAGUGCGAUGAACGAGGACACCAGGGGCAGGGUACAAAAGCUGCUGAUAACUCUUAUCUUGAGCGUUGUAAUCUUUUGGAGCCCGUAUCAUUGCCUGUUCUUAUACUUUGUCUUCACUGGGCCACCUUCAUCGCCUGUAAUGGCGACUAAACUCACUAUAGCCAAUAGAGUUGGGAACUUUGUGGCUUAUUUUAACCCACUUUUCAACGCUCUUAUCUAUUACAUAUUUUCCAAGGAAUUUCGUACAGGAUUGAGCACUUUGUUAGGACGUUUCAGAUGCAAGCCUGGAACAUCCAUAAAAACUUCUAGGCCUUCUAGGCAAGUGAUUAGUCGAUACAGAUCGAGAAAAGAUGAACCGCACUUUACCUCAACUACAUUGAACGAG